UCAUUAAUUGAAGAGUUACGAAAGUGAGAUUGAUAAUUUGUGAUUGCCGGUGGAAAGAACUAGAAAUUUUUUUGUGAGGAAUAUAUAAAUUAUAUUUCUUGUGUAAUAUAAGCGAUAAAAAAAAUCUUAAAAAUUAAGUUAAACGCACUCUAACUUUAUAAAAAAUAUUUUUUUGAAAUCCUUCAUUUAACAUAAAAUAUAAAAAAAUGUAUUCUGUCGCUAAAAUUCUUCGUUCAGCCCCCGUAAGAAUGGGAUUACGAAACUAUGCUAAAGAUGUUAAAUUUGGUCCAGAAGUUAGAGCAUUAAUGUUGCAAGGAGUUGAUAUAUUAGCCGAUGCUGUCGCUGUAACAAUGGGACCUAAAGGAAGAAACGUAAUACUUGAGCAAUCAUGGGGUUCACCAAAGAUUACGAAAGACGGUGUAACUGUUGCGAAAGCCAUAGAAUUAAAAGACAAAUUCCAGAAUAUUGGAGCAAAAUUAGUACAAGACGUUGCAAAUAAUACAAACGAAGAAGCUGGAGAUGGCACAACUACAGCAACAGUUUUAGCUAGAGCUAUAGCCAAGGAAGGAUUCGAAAAAAUUUCGAAAGGGGCUAAUCCAGUUGAAAUUAGGCGUGGUGUUAUGCUUGCUGUUGAUGCAGUAAAAGAUCAUUUGAAAAGUAUGUCACGAAAUGUUAAAACACCUGAAGAAAUUGCUCAAGUUGCAACAAUAUCAGCUAAUGGGGAUAAAGCCAUCGGUAGUUUAAUCAGUGAGGCAAUGAAGAAAGUUGGUAAGGAUGGUGUUAUCACUGUUAAAGAUGGUAAGACAUUGCACGAUGAAUUAGAAGUUAUUGAAGGUAUGAAAUUUGAUCGUGGCUAUAUAUCUCCAUAUUUUAUAAAUUCAACUAAAGGAGCUAAGGUUGAAUUCCAAGAUGCUUUAGUAUUAUUUUCAGAAAAGAAAAUUUCAAAUGUUCAAUCAAUUAUUCCGGCUUUAGAAUUAGCAAACUCGCAAAGAAAACCUUUAGUUCUGGUAGCAGAAGAUAUUGACGGCGAGGCAUUAAGCACAUUAGUUGUAAAUCGCUUAAAAAUUGGCUUACAAGUCGCAGCUGUUAAAGCUCCAGGUUUUGGAGAUAACCGAAAAUCAACUCUCACAGAUAUGGCAAUUGCUGCAGGAGGCAUAGUAUUUGGAGACGAAGCUAACUUAGUAAAAUUAGAAGACGUUCAAAUUUCUGAUUUAGGGAAAAUUGGUGAAGUUGUAAUUACAAAAGAUGAUACACUAUUUUUGAAAGGUAAAGGAAAGAGAGAGGAUGUUGAACGUAGAGUACAACAAAUCAGAGAUCAGAUAGAAGAAACAACUUCCGAAUAUGAGAAAGAAAAAUUACAAGAAAGAUUAGCUAGACUGUCCUCAGGUGUUGCAUUAUUAAGAAUAGGAGGUUCAAGUGAAGUAGAAGUAAAUGAGAAAAAAGAUCGUGUAAAUGAUGCUUUAUGUGCAACAAGAGCUGCAAUUGCCGAAGGUAUUGUACCAGGUGGUGGUACCGCACUUUUAAGAUGUAUUCCAAAGCUCGAUAAAUUAAAAGGAGAAAAUGAAGAUCAAAAUACUGGUAUUGAAAUUGUUCGCAAAGCCUUAAGAAUGCCAACUUUAACAAUAGCUAAAAAUGCUGGUGUCGAUGCAGCCAUGGUAGUUGCCAAAGUAGAAAACCUUGAUGGUGAUGUUGGUUAUGAUGCUAUGGCUUCAGAAUAUGUUAAUUUAAUUGAAAAGGGUAUUAUAGAUCCAACAAAAGUCGUUAGAACUGCCUUAGUAGAUGCUUCUGGUGUUGCGUCACUACUCACAACUGCAGAAGCUGUAGUUACAGAGCUUCCAAAAGAGGAAGGUGCUGGUGGUAUGCCUGGUAUGGGAGGCAUGGGAGGUAUGGGAGGAAUGGGCGGAAUGGGUGGUAUGAUGUAGAUUCCUUGAUUUGAGAAUUUUUUUUUUUUUUUGUUAAAUUUUGCAUAUUAUAUAUGUCAGUACGUAGCAUUUUACUUUUCGUUUCUGUUCAUUUUGGCAGAAUAUGAUUUUCAUAAUAUUAAUUUCAUUAGUCAGUAAUUUUUCUAUAUUUUAAUUGUGAAUAGAAUUUUUCACAUUUUAUAUAUAAAAUAGACGUAAUAAAAUGUUAAAAAAACGAGAAGAAAAAAAACUUUUAUUU